UGCUUCUGCCUUUAGAAGUCUACAUUAACGCUGCAGAAGCUGUAGCUAAGCAACUGCGUAGGUUCCAUUUUCUUCUUGGAAGUGACAGGGAUACUCUAAAGUUAGAAUGUAUGGAUUUGUGAACCACGCCUUGGAGCUGCUUGUAAUACGAAACUAUGGUCCAGAAGUGUGGGAAGACAUAAAGAAAGAGGCACAGCUGGAUGAAGAGGGGCAGUUUCUGGUUAGAAUAAUAUAUGAUGACUCAAAAACCUAUGACUUGGUAUCUGCAGCAACCAAAGUACUUAAUCUCAAUGCGGGUGACAUUCUCCAGAUGUUUGGAAAUAUGUUUUUUGUUUUUUGCCAAGAGUCUGGCUACGACACAAUCCUACGUGUCCUGGGAUCCAAUGUCAGAGAAUUUUUGCAGAACUUGGAUGCCCUGCACGACCACCUUGGUACUAUUUAUCCAGGCAUGCGUGCUCCAUCCUUCCGAUGUACUGACGCAGAGAAAGGAAAAGGACUUAUUUUGCACUACUAUUCAGAACGAGAAGGUCUCCAGGACAUUGUGAUUGGGAUUGUUAAGACAGUGGCUCAGCAGAUCCACGGAACUGAAAUUGACAUGAAGGUCAUUCAACAAAGAAAUGAGGAGUGUGACCACACACAGUUUUUGAUUGAAGAAAAGGAUACAAGAGAGGAAGACUUUUAUGAAGAUCAAGACAGAUUUGAAGAGAAUGGAACUCAAGAGUCCCGCAUUAGUCCCUAUACCUUUUGCAAGGCUUUUCCAUUUCACAUAAUGUUCGACAGAGACCUUUUUGUUACACAGUGUGGAAAUGCUAUCUACAGAGUUCUUCCCCAGCUCCAGCCUGGAAAUUGCAACUUGUUGUCAGUCUUCUCUUUGGUGCGGCCUCAUAUAGACAUUAGUUUCCAUGGGAUUCUCUCGCAUAUCAACACUGUGUUUGUCCUAAGGAGCAAGGAAGGCUUACUUGAUGUGGAAAAGUCAGAGAGUGAAGAUGAACUGACUGGUACAGAAAUAAGUUGCCUUCGCCUGAAAGGACAGAUGAUCUACUUGCCCGAGGCUGACAAUAUUCUGUUCCUGUGCUCUCCAAGUGUCAUGAAUCUUGAUGAUCUGACAAGAAGAGGACUGUACCUCAGUGACAUUCCACUACAUGAUGCUACUCGGGAUUUGGUCCUGCUGGGGGAACAGUUCAGAGAGGAAUACAAGUUGACUCAAGAACUGGAAAUUCUAACAGACAGGCUCCAGCACACACUGAGGGCCCUGGAGGAUGAGAAGAAAAAGACAGAUACCUUGCUGUACUCCGUUCUUCCACCUUCUGUUGCAAAUGAGCUGAGACAUAAGCGCCCUGUUCCGGCCAAAAGAUACGAUAAUGUGACAAUUCUUUUCAGUGGCAUUGUAGGAUUUAAUACAUUUUGUAGCAAACAUGCCUCUGGGGAAGGUGCAAUGAAAAUUGUUAACCUUCUAAAUGAUAUCUACACAAGGUUUGACAUUCUGACUGAUUCCCGAAAUAAUCCAUAUGUCUAUAAGGUGGAAACAGUUGGAGACAAAUACAUGACAGUGAGUGGCAUUCCAGAGCCAUGUGUGCACCAUGCACGAUCCAUUUGCCACUUGGCUCUAGAUAUGAUGGAAAUAGCAGGCCAGGUUCAAGUAGAUGGCGAGUCUGUUCAGAUAACUAUUGGCAUUCAUACAGGUGAAGUGGUUACAGGGGUCAUAGGCCAGAGAAUGCCACGGUACUGUCUGUUUGGAAACACGGUUAAUCUGACAAGCAGAACAGAAACAACAGGAGAAAAGGGAAAGAUUAAUGUUUCUGAGUACACAUACCGGUGCCUCAUGAGUCCUGAGAAUUCAGAUCCUCAGUUCCACCUGCAAUAUCGUGGCCCAGUUAGCAUGAAGGGAAAAACUGAUCCAAUGCAAGUUUGGUUUUUGUCCAGAAAGGCAGCAGAAACAGAGGUAAGUUAUUCCUUAGCAUAAUUUAAGCCCUGUACAAUACAACAGUCCAGGAAUGGAAUUAUGUAUUUUUGUGAUUGCUAUCCAUUAAUAUGUUUUUUUGUUUUUUUUCCACCAAUAUCCAGGAGUAAAUGGUGUGUUGUUGUCCAUCCAGAAUGACCAUCUGAUUUGUAUGUAGCCUGAUAUUUAAACUUGCACUUCUCUCCAGCCUGUGGUAUUACUGUCCAGCAAGUCAACGCAUUGUAAUGCUGUCUGGAGAACCAGUAUUUCCUAAUUUCUGUAUGACAUGGUAUACAAUGUUGUCAGCACCUUUGUGAUAUUGUGAACAUUCCAUAUAGCGCCUCUUGCCCUGGUGGCAGUUAGUCAUCUUAAUAACUUAGCAAUCAGUUCAAAUGGUUUCCCAGUAGCGACACUUACUUACAUGGUGGAUAAGAAUAACUGUUUCCUGCUCUAGUGACUGAUGUACCUUGCAAUAAUACAUUGGUAAGUUAUACUGUGAUACUGAUACCUACACACUUCAUAAUAUAUAGUGCUGUGAUGCACAUUUUCAUUUGUCUUUUUUUAAUGUUUAUACACUUAUGGUAUUGGAGCAAUGAAAAGUAUGUUGCUUGUAUGUAAAACAUGCGUGGUAGUGACAUUUGCUGAUAGUUUUGAAGCCUCUGAACCCUUUCUUUUUGGUCUGUUGUUGCAAGAGAUCAUCCAGCUGUGUAAAUAGAACAGCACGGUCUCUCAACAAGAGUAAGUUGUAUUUUGUUAAGAGUUGUUGUAUCCUCUCAUCGACAGGGGAAGCCAAACAUAUUUGCCAAAAUUAAAAAUAAAAAGCACUUUGUUCCUCGUUCUCUUUUCAUAAACAGCAUUUCCUUCUCGGCAUUUCAUCAGAUAUCUCUUUAUAAAACAGCAAUGAAGAAGGAAACAUUCAGCUGAAAUAUAGUGCCAUACCAUUUUGUGCAUUCGAUUCAUCUUUUUCAUAAGCAGAUUCUUAUAGUGUAAAUAAAGAGAAAUAUUUUAGAAAUGUGCCACAUUAUUUAGUAGCAAAAAUAUUUAUAUGCUAUAUGAAAUGAUAAUAUUUUGAAGUAUCUAUCUGGGAUUGUUACAGUACAGUAUAAAAAAGUGUGUUGUAUAAAUGUUUCUUUAUAUUUAUUUGACCAUUGCAUCACAUUUCUGUUCAAAUGUUCAUGUAUGAAGCAGCUACAAUAAAUUAUUUUUUUUCCAUGAACCUGCA